AUGCAGAUGAAUAGGCAAAUGAAGUGUUCAUGGGUGGCCAAGCAAUUUAUUGAGGUGUUCAAAACUAGGCCUCACUGGCCUGCAAAAGAAAUAAUUGAGUGCAUAAGGAGAGCAUACAAGGUGGUAGUUAAAAGGGAGUUUGCUUAUAGAGUCAAAUAUGCAGCUCACAUAUUGCUACAUGGUUCUAUGCAUGAACACUACCAGAAAGUGAGUGGAUACUUAGCUGAAUUGAGGAAAUGUAGCCCUGGUUCUGUAUCAGAGUUGGUGACAGUCAUGCCCAAGCAACCACCACCAGUGUUUCAGAGGCUUUUUAUGUGUUUUGAAGGGUUAAUGAAAGGAUGGAGGGAAGGAUGUAGGAAGGUGAUAUCUGUAGAUGCAUGCUUUUUUAAGACUUUCCUUGGUGGGCAGCUGUUAUGUGCAGUUGGUAGGGAUGCAAAUGACCAAAUGUAUCCCAUAGCUUGGGCUGUGACAGAGGGGGAAAACAAUCUGAGUUGGGAGUGGUUUUUCAUACAUUUGGUAGCAUGCUUGGACCUUGGUGAAGGUGAAGGAUUAUCUGUUAUCUCUGAUGAGCAUCAGGCCAUCUUGAAUGUCGUUGCUUCAAUUCUGCCCAAAGCAGAACAUAGGCAUUGUGCAAGGCACAUUUUUGCCUUGUGGCACAAGACUUAUAGAGGUGAUGAGUUGAAAUUGCAAUUUUGGAAAAUUGCAAAGUCAUACAAUGAGGCAGAUUAUAAGUAUGCAUUGACUGAGCUUGAGGUGAUGAACCCUGAAGCAGCUCUAGCAUUCCAAAAAUACAAUCCUCAUCUAUUCUGCAGAGCAUUCUUAAGCACUGAUGUAAAUACUGAUGCAAUAACAAGGAACAUUGCAGAAACUUUCAAUGGAUUCAUCAUAAAUGCAAGGACAAAGCAUCUGUUAUUCAUGCUUGAAGAGAUUAGAAGUCAACUGAUGCAGAGAAUGGUGAAAAAAAGGCAAGACAUGGAAAAGACAACUACCUAUCUUUGUCCUAGAAUACAGUCAAAGCUUGACAAAGAGAAAAAUAAGGCAGCCUAUUGUGAAGUUCUCCCCUCAAGUGACACUCUAUCCAAUGUGUCUUACAAUCUUGAUCAGGUGGUUGUAAACCUUGAGGCAAAGACCUGCACUUGCAGGAAAUGGGACAUGCUUGGCAUUCCCUGUUGUCAUGCUGUAGCAUGUGUUUUCUUUGCCAACAAGGAAGCUGAGCAAUUUGUUCAUCCCUGUUAUAGGAGAGAGGUUUACCUAACAUCAUAUGCAGUUAAGGGGCAUAAUAAGAGGAGGUGUCCAAAUAGGGACACAGCAAUCCAAUCUGAGCCACCUGCUAAAAGAGCAAGGGGAAGACCAAAGAAAAAUGGAGAGCAACCCCAUUCCACUCUAUCUGCACCAUGUGAGCCUCAACUGAACACAACUGCUGCAGCACAACACCAUAUUGUCACAGCACAACCUACACAGUUAGGAAGAGGGGGCAGAGCUAUCAGAGGAGGAAGAGGCUCCAGGGGACAGGGAACAAGACCAUCUUCUAGUGCACCUGCACUAACUGGUGGCUAA